AUGCAUUUCCUUUUCGAGAGUUCUUUUUUUUUUUUUCGGGUAUAAAUAAGAAUGACCCUUUUUUUUUUGUCCUUUUUGACCAAUAAAAGCAAAAAAAAAAAAUUUGUUGUUGUUUGCCUCUAUGCCGACAGCGUAUAAAGUUUUAACACCUUAUCGAUCUGAUUUGAUGAUUUUGAAAAACGCUGUGUCAAACAGGUAACGGAUCCGAAAAAUGAAAAAUACAACCAAUUAAAACCCACUUCAAUAAAAAAAAAAAAAAACUGAUAAACCCAUCAUUUUUUUUUUUUUUUCUAUAAACCAUAUUUUUCUUUAACUCCUCAUUAUAUUUAUCUUAGCAUGUUAUCAAAUCCUAUACAACUUGUGCAUACUUCAGAUUUUCAUAUCAACGUAGAGAACGACCAUAUUUUAUUACACGGUAACGUGGAUGAAUCAGCUGGCGUGAUGUUAAGAGGCUCUGUAGUGCUAAACUGUCAUGAAACAACAAAGGUCAAAUCAAUCUCCUUAAAAUUUAUUGGUAAAGCGAGAGUUGACUGGACUGAAGGGAUCGGAUCACACCAACGUCAUUAUAAAGAAGAAAAGACACUCAUACAACACGAAUGGAGUUUUCUACCUCCUAACCGUAAAACAUACCAUUUACCCGAAGGUCAUUACAAAUGGGAUUUUGAACUACACACCAACUGAGUCUCCUCAACUUAUAUAGUAAGGUGCCCUCAUCUGAAUGUAAACUUUAUUUUUAAAAUCUUUCGUCCAAUAAAAUAGCCAGCCCACCAAAUCUUCUUAGCUCAAUUUGUAGAUAGUCUCUUCUGGGAAACAAUUAUGCUUUUAAAAUCAUUUCAUCCAAUGAAAUAACGAAAAAAAAAAAAAAAAAAAAAAAAA